CUCACCCAAACCGGAUCUGACGUUGUCGUCUGCUCCGAAAUUUGAAGUACCGGUACAUGCACUGCCUGGAAAGCAUGCUUUAGGCUCUGAUGUCCUUCUGUUGAGCUGUAGAGAACGCACAGCACCAGCAGUUUGGAGUGGGUCCUCUCUGGCUAACUUUACACUGCUACCAGUUGAAGCCUAGCCUGUAAACAACCCUUUCACAUCCACUAGUACAACCAGAUCACCAUCUUCCACUGCUCCCACUAGAACUAACUGGUCCAUUUGGUUCUGUACACUGUGGACCAGUGAGUGUUCGACAAGUCUUUCAUUUCUUUGGACUGAACCGGAGAUGGGAGGAGGUGAGGAGGGGGGUAACCGCGGGCCGAGCUACACAGUGGCAUGCGAGGACUACGUGCAUGUGGUGGAGUUCAGCCCCUUUGAGUCGGGGUCCGCCGGCUCGCUGCUCGCCUACGGAGGAAACUUGUUUGUGGUAGUGGCGGUGUGUCGCUUCCAGGAGGAGGACUUGGAGGUGGAGGGCCUGGAGUUUGACACCCUUCGCGUGUUCCAUCACGGGGUGCGCAUCGACACGCUGGCCUGGAGCCCUGAGUCUCGUCUGGACAAGUUGCCCCAGGUCAUCAGAUUUUGCACUGCAGCUGCUGACAGUAAACUAAGACUGCUAACUUCUGACCUGAAGGACAGCCAUGAAGUAAAGGAAAUAGAGGGCCAUACCAGCUACAUCAAUCACUUGGUUUUUGAGCCCACGGAAGGCAAGCAGAUUGCAUCAGUCAGCGACGAUCAUACUUGCAGGGUUUGGGAUCUGGAUGGCAAUGAAACUGCACUAUUCAAACUUCGCUCGCCUGGCAUGAGUGUGUGCUGGCACCCGGCCGAAGUGCUAAAGUUGAUGGUGGCGGAGAAGAAGGGCACUAUCCGCUUCUAUGACCUGGUGUCCCAGCAGGCCAUCCUGUCUCUGGACUGUGGGCAUCCGCUCAUGUCGGCCGACUGGUGCCUGGCCAACUCCAUCAAGGUCGGAGCCGUCGUGGGCACGGACUGGGUCAUAUGGGACGUCACACGCUCAAGUUACCCCCAGAGGAAGAAGCCGUGUCAUGUAGACCGCGCUCGUCUCUUCAGGUGGUCGAGGGCCAAUGAGAAUCUUUUCUCCACCACUGGGUGCCCGGGGAAGAUUAGUAGUCAGCUGCUGGUCCACCACCUCAGCCAUGCACAGCCCGUGAUGAUUGGUUCAUCCACUGUUGGGGGCGGGCUCAGCUGGCACCGCAGCCUACCACUAUGUGUGACAGGUGGCGACAGGAAGUUGUCGUUCUGGAUGACGGAAAUGUGACCAAUGACAAACUGCUUGUUACAAGAAGACCUGGUGAUUUCAAAACAACUAACUGCACUACAACUUGAUGAAGAUAGUCUAUUUUGAUAAGCACUCUCUGUUUUUGUGUGUCUAGAUUUUUGCUUUAGCAAUAAAAGCUUUAUUUUGAAUGA